AUAUUUAUUGAUUAGUAGCCGUCGCUGAUUUUCCAAUUUCACAGUUCAAUGCAAAAUAUGGCGUGAGUGGAAUGCGUAAAUAAUAGCGAAUAUAUACAUUAUAAGUUUAAAAUUCAAUUUUAUCCCGGAUUAAUGAGAAGAGUACUUUUAAAAAAAUGAAACUUUUAAAAGUAACAUUUAGUCCUAGCCAAAUCAAGGCGCUGCUUUAUAAAGAUCUACUUGUGCGCUGGCGCCAACCGUGGAUGACAUUUGUGCAGCUCGUGUUUCCAUGUAUGGCAUUUGUACUGCUCUACCUCAUACGUCUCAAAUAUGGUCCCGAACAAGUUGAAGAUUGUCAAUUUCCAACCCGUCUACUGCCCACUAAGAACAAUGUCCUGCCUGGUUUUUAUUCCUACAUUUGUAGUAUAGAGAAUAGAUGUCAAAAUACGACCCCAUAUGAAGAAUAUUCUAAAUUGGAUAACGCACCUAUGAAACCAAUUAUCGAUAUAGUCCAAAUGUUCAUUAAUGAUGACAAUUUGUAUAAUGCGGUUAUAGAAUUACCUGAGAAGGGAAAUUUUUUAAAUACUGUCAUCGCCAUAUUCACUGGAGGUCACUUAGAUGCCAUAAGAGGAAAUGUUGAAAAAGUCAUCGAUCUAGUACCUCAAGUGGAACAAAUGUUAAAUGGCAGUUUCGAUAUCAAAAAAUUAUUCUCAGAUCGUAAUACCUUUGUCAAAGGUGGUAAUUUGCUUUGUGGUCAUCCCUUUCCAAAUACUGAGUCAAUACCAUUAGUUAAUGACAUAAUAUAUUCAGAAGAUUUUAGUGAAAUCAAUGAUGAUGAACUUAAAGCCAUGCCAACUAAAUACUGUAAGCGUCUAUAUCUGGAUGUUACCAGUUCUAACCACGGCAAAUUAACUUGGCACGCUAUUAAGCCAAUCAUACAUGGAAAAAUUUUAUAUGCGCCAUAUAACGAGGAUACCAAAUCAAUUAUGAAAUUUUCAAAUGCUACCUUUCAAGAACUGAACCGUUUGAAAAUGCUUUCCAUUGCUGUGGAACAGAUCUUAGUAAAACUACGUACCGACGAAACGUUUCAAAAAGGACUUGAGAGUUUGUUAAAGUUAGCACAAACUCCAUUCGUGAAAAGUUAUAUAGGCGAUGAUUUCAAUCUGGAUCAAAUUGAAUCAGUUAUAACUCGAAUACGCACUGAUCCAAUUGUUUUUGACGUCAUAUCAACAAUAAAAAAUAUACUUGAAUGCUUUUCAGUAGAUCGGUUCGUACCACUGGAUACUGAAGACGACCUAAGAAAAAUGGCUUAUCAACUGAAUAAUGAACGACUAUUCUAUGCUGCUAUUCAUUUCGAUAAAACUGACGAUACAGAUAUGGUUUAUAAAUUACACAUGGACACAGAUAAUACACAACCAACAAUUGAAAAUAAAAAUCGCUUUUGGUUUCCGGGACCCUCACGCAGUAUGAUACGUGAUUUGAAGUAUCAUCGUGGUUUUGUGCAAAUAAAACAAGUGCUUGAUAUGGGACUCAUAAAACAUAAUAAAAUGAAAUUACGUAAAUUGGGUGUGAUUACUGAAAAGCCAACAAGCACUACAAAAAAUCCACUUUCUGUCCAAAUAAUUACAGAUGACGACGAUGAUGAUGAUGAAGAUGAUGAUGAUGAUUGGUUUACCAAUAUAGAUACUAGUAAUACAAAUAAUAAUACCAUUACUUCACAACAGAAUACGAGUCUACUAUCAAACUUCUUUAAUGGUAUUAACAGUAGUUCUAAAAAACCACAGGUCGAUAUUGAUUUCGAGGAUCCAGAGGAAGACAAUAAUGUUACCGAAACGACAGUUACACCUAUUUUCAAUGAUUAUACUGAUUUAGAUUCAAAUACAACAAACACAAAUGAUAAUAUGGAAAGUUUGCUUGAACUAAGUGAAAAUGGUCAAAAUAUUACUAGUGACAUAGCGGAAGAGGGGCAAAGUAACCGUCAGAAACGUCAAGGCAUAUUAAACUUUCUAAUGAAUUUAAUGGAUAAUGAAGGCGGCGAAUACGAGGUAGACAAAUUAAGAAUAUUUACGAAACAAUUUCCAUACCCAGCAUUCAUAGAUGAUGACUUUAAGAAUGGCAUAUAUCUUGCUCAAGCUGUACAAGUAGCAUUCUUCUUGGGUCUUAUUGCACAAAUUCAAUCUUGUGUUCGGCACUUAAUAUGGAUGCGUGAAAGUCGAAACACUAUGAUUAUGCGUUCUAUGGGUUUGAAACCCUGUUCAGAGCUUACUGCCUGGAUUAUAGUUACAUUCGCUGAGUUAGUCUUCAUUUUUACUACCAUUACAAUCAUUGUUUACAUUGGGGGCAUACUGGCUUACACGAAAUGGUUAUUUAUAAUGAUAUAUUUGCUUAUAUUCGGUGCCUGUCUGAUAGCUUUCUGCUUUAUGUGUUCAACAUUCUUUAACUCGGCAACAAUUGGUGCUGUAGCAACUGGCAUGUUGUUCUUCAUUACUUUCUGUCCCUACAUCAUCGUUUUGAUGUUCGAUGCUACACUUAAUACCUUACAAAAUUUCUGUAUAAAUUUAUCCUUCACUACCGCCUUUUCGUAUGGAUGGAGUCAUAUAAUGCGCAUGGAACUGCAACAAAUUGGUUUAUCCUUCACAGAAGUAUUCCAUGAGGGACUGAGUGGUGACUAUGGUUAUUCAGUCUUCAUGAUUAUAAUUGAUACAUUUGUCUAUAUUAUUAUUGGAUGUUUAUAUCAGCGUUUUAAAGAAGAUGAAUUCCGUUUUAUUGAAGUACAACGAGAAGAUUUGGAUUCGAGCUUGGGUGCUACCAUGACCAAUGUUUCCAAAAUAUAUGCCGACAACAAAGUUGCUGUAAGCAAUAUAUCCCUUUCAUUCCAACGCAAUCACGUGACUUGUUUACUAGGCAGAAAUGGUGCUGGAAAGAGUACUAUAAUCAAAAUGUUAACGGGUCAAGUUGUACAAACAGCUGGACGUGUAAUACUCUCGCAGGCUUUAACAAGCAGUGAUGACUACGAUAAGGUUGGUGUUUGCUGUCAGGAUAACAUACUUAUACCCAAUCUCACUGCCCGAGAACACUUAGAAUUGUAUGCGAAGAUCAAACUUAAGCAUGGCUAUAAAUCAGAAGUAGAAAAAACUUUAAAGAAUUUGGGCUUUGGCAAAUACGAAAAGUAUCAGGCUGCACAAUUAUCGGGUGGCUAUCAAAGACGCUUAUGUGUGGCUAUAGCAUUUAUUGCAUCACCAAAUGUCGUUAUACUCGAUGAACCUUGCAAUGGUGUUGACUCGAAAGCCCGUAAAGAUAUUUGGGAACUUAUUGAACGCUUACGUAAAGGGCGUGCGGUGAUAUUCGCAACACAUUUUCUAGAUGAAGCUGAGUACUUAAGCGAUAAUAUAGUAAUAAUGGGAGAUGGUAAAAUUAAAGCGAAACACUCCGCAGAAACAUUAAAACAUCACAGCACUGGAAGCUAUAAUGUCACAAUGAUUUGCGGCGAUCAACAAACAGCAUCUGAUAUUGAAAAUUCUGCUAAAACACACUUAACAGAUUUUAACAUAUUAGACAGAGUUAAUGCAACAGAAUUACAACUGCAGAUAGCCUAUGAUCAACCAGACCCCGAAAAUACUAUUAACUUCCUAAAAUACUUACAGGAAUUGCAAGCUGCCGGUCGUAUCAGUGAGUUGAGCAUACAAAGCCAAAACCUGGAAAAUAUUUUUAAGGAUUUGGAUACUUGCAAUGUUAAAUUGACUAAUGGACAUACAGUCGAAAUAAUGAAGCCUAUAGAUCUCAAGAAAGAUGUCAAUGUAAAUGUAGUACGUGAAGAACCCUUAACACGCUGCGAAGCUGUGCGUCAUCUGUUCUGGAAACGUUUGAUACACUUUAGUCGUAAUUAUCGUAUGCUGCUGUGUGUGAUUGUACUACCGGCUAUAUUUGAGUUAUUAGCUAUGUGGUUUGUGGCCUAUCGUUUAGAGGAUGAUUUUGAUAAAACGAUAAAUCUUAGCCGAGCGUCCUUAUACCCGAAAACAACACAAAUGCUAAGCUUGGAAAACGGUACUGAGUUCACAAAUGAUGUGUAUGGUCAACUUAAAGAAGAGUGUUCAGUUGGUAUGGAUUGCAAAGAGUUUGUGAAUUCUGAAAAAGGUUUUUAUUGGAUACUGGAUACAUUGAAUGACUAUCACGGUAAACGUUAUGGUGGUUAUACUUUCAACGAAAGUAAAGCAAUGGUUUGGUAUAACAAUAAGGGAUAUCAUGCUAUGAUGGCUUGGUUAAACGACUUGAAUUCGCAUCUCAUGCAGGCUGAGAUGAACGAUACCAGUUAUUCGAUUACCACGUAUAAUGAACCAUGGAAAUUAGGUUAUGGAGAGCUGAGCACUUCAUCCAUAUUACGUCAAGCUGGUGACUCCUGCAUGGCUUUUAUAUUGCUCAUCGCUUUCUGUUUGGUUGUAGCAGUAGCGGCGGUUUAUUUAGUCAAUGAGCGGAUGAAUGGCGAAAAAUUGCAACAGAAAUUAUGUGGAGUGGAUGCGGCAACUUAUUGGGGAGUAGCUUUUAUAUGGGACUUUUUGGUUAUAAUCAUAGCGACAGCAGUUUGCUCAGUUAUUAUAUUAUGCUUUGGUAUGCCCGUUUUUGUGGAUAGGCAACAGAUCUGGGGAUUGAUUGUCUUGGCACUUUUCUUUGGUUUUGCCUGCAUACCAGCUGUACAUGUAUUGGAAAAGUGUUUCACAGAUGCCAGUGUCGCUAUUGUAACCAUAUUUUGCAUGAAUGUCAUCAUACCACUCUCAACAAUGGCCAUCAUUGUUUUACUUGGUGUUAUUGGUGAUACACCUACUUGGGAUGAAUGGCGUUAUUUCCUGAAUCGUGCCUUCCUUAUCUUUCCACAGCAUGCACUCGCCGAUGGUCUGUUGGAAUUGUGUAAAAAUUAUAUGGUGUCUUUGGUAUUUAAACGUUAUGAUAUUAACUCCUACAAAAAUCCAGUCAAUAGUGAUCUAUUAAAACCCCACUUAAUAUCAUUAUUUGUGCUUGGCCUAUUCUUUGUUAUUCUCAAUGUUCUAAUAGAAAGUGGUUUCUUGUAUCGUUGGAGAGAUGUACUACGUCGUCGCUUGGAUUGCAUAUGUGAAAGCGAUAAAAAGAGCUUAGAGGAAGUGAAAAUUGUUUCAAUACAAAAUUCACUUAAACGUAAUGAUCAAUAUGAUGCACCGCAUGCCUUAAAGGUUAAUAACCUAAGUAAAUCUUAUAAUCAUGGGCAGUACGUAGUAAAAAAUGUUACUUUUGCUGUUAAAUCGGGUGAAUGCUUUGGUUUGUUGGGUAAAAAUGGUUCUGGAAAAUCAACAAUAUUCAAAAUGCUUUCAGGACAAAUACAACCCAGUUAUGGUUUGAUUAACUACUUCAAUCAUGAAAUUUCUUAUUGUCCGCAAACAAAUACGUUGGAUUCAUUGCUAACUGUAAAGGAAUGCAUAGAAUUCUAUGGACACCUACGCCGCAUAAAAGAUAUACCAAAGCUUAUAACCAAUAUUCUCGAGUAUUAUCAAUUGGAAACCUACAAAGAUGUUCUUGUCAAGAACUUAAGUGGUGGUAAUAGGCGUAAAUUAACUGUAGCGACUUCAUGCUGUGGAAGUACUUCAAUUGUGCUUAUGGAUGAACCAACUAGUGAUAUGGAUCCAGUUACACGUCAAAUUGUAUAUCGUACAAUAAAUGAUUUAUUAGAAGAGCAACGUGCUAUUGUUCUCACAUCCCAUUCAAUCUCUGAAAUUGACAAAAUUUGUCACCGCAUUGGAGUACUAAAGGAUGGACGAAUAAUAACGUGCAGUAGUCCAGAAACUUUGAAAUUACAGUAUGGCGGUUUCUAUAAUGUAACAGUAUUUGGCGCUCCCGGUAAAAUUGAUGAAAUAGCGAAGUUAAUACGUGAACGUUUGCCACAAGCUGUGGACCAGCAAAUCUAUGCGCAUUGCACUAAAUUUAGCAUCAAAAUUGCUACGCCGACAACAGAGAGCAAGAUUAGAGAGAGUGGCAUUGAUAUACCGACACAUAUACGAGAUAAUGUCGAUGUUAAAUUGCACUUAUCAGAACUUUUCCAGAUUUUGAAUAAUUUAACAGCAGAAUCGAAUAACGAACUACGCUAUACUGUGAAUCGAUGCCGUUUGGAUGCAGUGUUCGAGCGAAUUUUGGACAAUAGCGAUAAUGGCAACCUUACUAAUUCAUAUACAGACCCCUCAACAUAUUUGGGAGGUCCAUCACUGGGCUAUAUACAUAAUGGCUAUAUUGAAACUGAAACUGUGACGUAGUGCAGUAGGAUUAGCUCAAAAGAUUUUAAGUAUCUAACAAGUUUUCAAGUCUCAAGUAUGUAUUCCAUAUACGCGUAAGCUUUAAUAGGUGUAAAAUAUUAUUUGUGAUAAAAUUUUGUAAUUAUUGCAAAGCUAUACUGUAAUUUAUAAGAAGAGUUAAAUUUAAGUUAAUGAUUUGGGUUUUUAAAUUUUUAUUUUAGUUUUAAUAAUCUAGAUAUGGUAUAAAAUGUUUGUAAUGUUUAGUUGUUAUUUGGAGCUGAGCUUCUAUUUUUUAUUUAUGAAUUCUUUUAGUUUUUCUCAAAGUAUUUGGUGUUUUAUAUAUUAAUGUAUUUAAUUGACUUUAUAAGAAAAUUUUAUAACCAUAAAGUAUGAGUAGCUAAAGUAUUUAUGUAAUAAAAAAGACAAAUUAAAAUAGACAAAA